AGGGGCAGUCGCGAGGCCAGAAGCCUGGGAGGAAACUUUCCGCGCAGCAAACUUGGGGGUGAAGUGCAAACGCCACCGGCUUGCAGCUGUUUGCACAGCCUCGGCGGCGUCCCCUUCUCUUCCCAGCCCCUCCCCGGCCUUUUCCGACCUUCUGCGCUCCUGGCCAGCGCCGCCACCCGCGCCGACGUGGCGGAGCGCACAGGUCGCGGUCAGGUGGUCGGUGACGCCCGGGACCGGCUCCCGGGAGGGCGGUGCCAACGCCCGGGGUGGGGACUGCGCGGGGCGGCCGCGGGCGGAGCGGCGCGGAGGAGCGCAGCAGGCGGAGCGCCGGGAGCGAGGUGGCACAGACAUGGACCGCGGCGACCAAGGUCUGCUGAAGACAGAGCCAGUGGCCGAGGAAGGAGAGGAUGCUGUCGCCAUGCUCAGUGCCCCAGAGAACCUGUCGGAGGAGGAGCAAGAUGAGCUGAGACGGGAACUUGCCAAGGUGGAGGAAGAAAUCCAGACUCUGUCUCAAGUGUUGGCAGCAAAAGAGAAACAUCUCGCAGAGAUUAAGCGGAAACUUGGGAUCAGUUCACUUCAGGAAUUCAAGCAGAACAUCGCCAAGGGGUGGCAAGACGUGACAGCGACCUCUGCAUACAAGAAGACAUCUGAAACCUUAUCUCAGGCCGGACAGAAGGCUUCAGCUGCAUUUUCAUCCGUUGGCUCAGUCAUCACCAAAAAGCUGGAAGAUGUAAAACUGCAAGCCUUUUCACAUUCCUUUAGUAUACGCUCCAUUCAGCAUUCGAUUAGCAUGCCUGCUAUGAGAAAUUCCCCAACUUUCAAGUCAUUUGAAGAAAAGGUUGAAAACUUAAAGUCUAAAGUAGGGGCAACCAAGCCUACUGGCGGUGAUUUUGGAGAAGUCCUGAAUUCCACAGCAAAUGCUACUAGUGCCACGACCUCGGAGCCACCUCCAGAACAGAUGGAGGAGAGUCCCUGAGUUGCUGACCUACGUUCUGCUGCCCACUGCCAGGUGCUGCAAGUGAGAUCCAGGCACAUCUUGUCAACACUCAUGGCCGCAGAUUUCUACCAGAUGUGCUUUUACUUAGCUUUACUUAUUUCUCUGACCAAAUAGUUUGUGAAUUAAACAAGGUGAAAGCACCUUUGCCUCCACUCCAGGGAAACACCCUUUAGUGCUCAUCGAAUGCCCUUUGUGUAGGAGACAGCAUCACGGAGCCUCUGGUAUUCCUGAGGCUCUCACCGGAGUGACAGGAAGCUGCGGGUGACCACUGUGUUUCUACUUUACAAAAUCACUCUACAUCUGGGGUUCUAGUUUGAUCCUUUUCUAUGAGUCAUCUUUUUGUUUUUGACUCUCUGUAUACUUGAUUUUUAACUGAAAUUGUUCUCUUCCAAAUCCUGGUUAUUAAAAGUUUUGGAAUCAUUUGUUACUUUUAAAGGAGAAACCACCAGCUACUUUGUUUUCUUGGAUAAACAGUUUUUUGUACGAGGACCAUAUCGUGGGUUUCUGAACACACCAGACUAAAGUAGACAGGUGUGUAUGUACGUCAGUAGUUCUGUUCAUACAGAAACCCAAACUACCAGUGGCAUAAACAUAGGGUCCCCUCCAUAUCCUUGGUAAUUCGAAGCUACCAUUUCAACAUACUGGUUAUUUAUUAUGCUACCCCUGCACAUUUUUUUAUAAGAUUAAAAUUUAAUUUCAGGUAAAUUGACAAAAUAACAUUAUGAGUCAAGCAUAUGAUAUUACUGUAAGUUGAAAUGUGGCCACACUCAUCACUGAUAAUUCCAAAAGUCUAAAAGUCUUUAGGUCUAGAGAGCUGUAAAAAAUGCUAAAAUAGAUCACCUUAGGGAAUUGCUGCCUCCAUUAAAUCCAUUUGGCACUCAUUAGGAAGCACAGAAAGUUCUAUGGGAAAUACAACUUGAAUAUUUUUUUAUACUAAGGUAUUGUUGCUAGCUCGGAAGGAUUUAAGGCAUUCAUACAAAUGAGCCCAUCAUGCUGUAGUUGUUUUCUGUGUGUUAGUGACGUAAGCUGUCCUGUAAACAUUGCCCCUGCUUGGAGAACUCUCAGGGCUUGUGAAUCAGAGCUUCCAGAUGUCUCCACUAAGCUCCUUUGUUAACUGUGGUAACUACUGACUCACUACCAUUUCCUUUUGCUGUAUGUGGUUAUGGCCCAGGAGGUUGUGUUUGUUAUUUAUCUGUUGUGGUUGUUUUAUCAUUGUCCAUGCCAAAUGUUAAUUGCCAAGCUUGGAGUGACCUAAAGCAUUUGUUUAAAAGCAUGACUAGAAUUAAUUGAGGAUAAAGUUUCUGCAAACCAAAUUUGAAAAGCCACAAGUGUCAGUUGUUAAAAAAUGACAUGCUGCCGUUCUUGAUUGCUACUUGGAUGCAAUGGAAACUAUGCUCUAUUAUAUGUGACAAAUCUUAAUAAAGUCUGUGUAUCAGUA